AUGUCCCCCCCCGAUCGCAUCUCGACCGUCUUCGACUCCACGCCCGGCUCCAAGCACGCCUACAAAUCCUCCGCAGACUUCCGCUCCGGUCGCCUGAAUGCGAUCGCCAACCCCGGAGCUGUCAAGAUCAAUGUCGAGGGCGCUUUCAUCGUCGACGAAGAACCACGAUCCCGCUCUCGAAGCCCCAUAGAAGCCGAGGGCGUGCAUUACGAGAGCCAAGAUAUCCGGCUUCCCCAUCAUACCGGCGUCGUGAGCCAUGUCGCUGUGGACAUUGGCGGUUCGCUGGCGAAAUUGGUCUAUUUCACGCGAGAGCUGGACUCCGCGGACAAUGGCGGCCGAUUGAACUUUAUCAACUUCGAAACCCAUCGCAUCGACCUUUGCAUUGACUUUAUUAGACAAUUGAACGAGGAACAUGAGAAGCUCAAUGGCUCUUCGCAAGACGAAUUGUGUGUUGUGGCUACUGGGGGUGGUGCAUACUUGUACUACGACAAGCUGAAGGAGGCUUUGAACGUAAAUGUGAAGCGGGAAGAGGAGAUGCAGUGCUUGAUUACAGGCCUCGAUUUCUUCAUCACCGAGAUACCAAACGAAGUCUUCACCUACAGUGAUACCGAUCCCGAACCGAUGAAAUUUGCCGAGGCCCGACCGGACGUAUACCCCUACCUUCUGGUCAACAUUGGAUCCGGUGUAUCCAUGAUCAAGGUGUCCGGCCCGAAAGAAUUCCAACGUGUGGGUGGAACACACCUGGGUGGUGGUACAUUCUGGGGCAUCUUGUCCCUGCUGACUGGCGCCCGGACCUUCGAUGACAUGCUGGCGAUGGCGGACAGCGGAGACAACAGCGGUGUGGACAUGCUGGUCGGUGACAUCUAUGGCAUGGACUAUAGCAAGAUUGGACUCAAGAGCACCGCUAUCGCCAGUACCUUUGGCAAGGUCUUCCGCAUGAAGAACGCCGCUGAGCGGAAUGCAGAGGAUGGUGAAGGCCUCAGCCCAAGGGAUCCCGAACAUCCCGAGGAUGACGUGAAGUUCAGGCCCGAGGACAUGAGCCGGAGCCUGUUAUACGCAAUCAGCAACAACAUCGGCCAGAUCGCAUAUCUCCAAUCGGAGAAACACGAGGUCAAGCACAUCUACUUUGGCGGAUCCUUCAUCCGCGGCCACCGACAAACCAUGAACACACUGUCGUACGCCAUCCGCUUCUGGUCCAAAGGCGAGAAGCAAGCCUACUUCUUGCGCCAUGAAGGCUACCUCGGUGCGGUUGGCGCAUUUCUCCGGAGACAACCGGCCAACUGGGGCCGUCGGAACAGCCUUGACGACGCGACAGCGCCUCUCACUUUCAAAGAGGCUCUCCUAUCCUAG